CCAGAGAGUGGCAUACCUAUUUUGAUAACAUGGAGUUAUGGUGGUAAUAAUGUUGCUGUCCAAGGAUCUUGGGACAACUGGAGAUCAAGGAAGAUUCUGCAAAGAUCAGGCAAGGACCACACCAUUCUGUUGGUCCUUCCGAUGGGGAUAUAUCAUUACAAAUUCAUUGUGGAUGGAGAAGUCAGAUAUAUCCCUGAUCUUCCAUGUGUAGCAGAUGAGACAGGCGUUGUCUUUAAUCUUCUUGAUGUUAAUGAUAAUGUGCCAGAGAACCUCGAAAGUGUUGCAGAGUUUGAGGCCCCACCAUCACCUGACUCUAGCUAUGGGCAAGGUUUGCUGGGAGAUGAGGAUUUUGCAAAGGAUCCAGUGGCAGUUCCACCCCAACUUCAUUUAACUGUUCUUGGUUCUGAAAACUCAGAAGAAACACCUUCUUCUCCGAAGCCCCAGCAUGUAGUGCUUAAUCACCUCUUUAUAGAGAAAGGAUGGGCUUCUCAAUCCGUUGUUGCUCUUGGUCUGACGCAAAGGUUCCAGUCCAAAUAUGUUACUGUCGUCCUCUACAAGCCACUGAAGAGGUGACCCCGUGUUUACGUUCUAAUCUUUUUGGAGCUUUCCGAGUGUGGUUGCUUUAAGAUUCCACUGUUAAUAGACCUGCUCAAGGUUCAACUUUCUUUAACCUCUGCUGUUGUACAAUAGUUCCAAGUUUAUCAGCAAUGCAUAUUCAUUCUCUUUGCAAGUAAACAUCUUUAGGCA